GUAACGUUUUGGUUUGUCUUGCCCCCGAGGCUAACUUGAUGAAAGGACAAAUGUAAUUAAAGUUAAAAUGUGCUGAGAUCUAAUAUCAGUUAUGGAUUAUCUAAUAACAAAUAUGGAUUACAGCAAUUUUUUGUUUUUUUCUUUUCAAAUGGAUUACGGAUGAUCCGAUUCAUUCAGACUGUACCACUUUAUGUUAACAAUAGUUAUAAUUAAAUUUACAAAAUGAACUGUAUUUUCCAUCAGUAACCCUACAAACUAGUCGGAGCUGAGUUUGUCCAUGGAGUAACUUCCGCGUCAUCUUCUGAAGACGAGUCAAUUUUCUUACGUCACACAUGGAUAAACCUUCGCCGAACAACAGAUGACGUUGGGCGAUAGCUUAGAGAGUGUCAAAAUUAUGUUAGACAUUGUAAUCCACUUUGUAAGCGUCUGUGCCAUAUAUAUUGUAGCACGUUGUCACGCAAUGGACUUUCAAGUAAGGGCUCACAUUAUAAACGUACAUUAGUGUAGACAGAUAUUUCAAUUCAAUUUUAAGAUAUGCUAUUUUUAAUGACUUUUUUUUAAAAUUCUCAAAGCUUGUUUAAGUAUCAGAACUCCCCCCCUGGGGGGUAGGGGGAACCUCUGAAUGUUUUAACAUUUUCAAGGGGUCUGAGAUAAAACGUUUGUGCGACAACUGAUCUAAAAUAAUUUAAUUAUUCAUUUCCUUUUAAAAAAACAACUACAACUAUUUUUUUUAUAUUAACAGAGUGAUUACGAAGUGUGGGAGAAAAAAUCUCUUAAAGGUAUUUGACUAUGAAUUAACGUAUCAAUGCGGCUAUCAAUAAUUAAAACAAUGUUUCCGUCAAAUAUGAACAAUUUGUAUUUAAGAUGCUAAGUCUUUGAACGCACAUCAAAAUGUCCAAGUCAUUUCAGUGUUAAGAUCUCGUGAAUAUCCUAUAAUAAUAAACAAUUAUUUUGCAAAGUAUUCCCAUUUUACUACUUUUCUGUUAAUGAACUAUGUUUAAUGAUGUGGAUCGAAAGAGACACUUCACUGUUUUGACGCUUCUCUUUGCGAUCAGACUGCAGUUUUCUAGAGGAUGUUUCUCUGCGAGAUGAAAACCAGUUUGAGGUAGCACCAAUGACCAUGGUAAGACUGAAGCUUGUUCCGGCCAACAGAAGUCUGCACGUUCAAUGGACGCAAAGUAAGAGCAGUGAUGGUAUGGGUUUGUAAAAUUUUAACAAUGAAAUAUAUAUAUGUAUAUUAUCUCCAUUCAUCCCUGUGGCACUACAGCCCAUGUAGGGCUUUGGCCUGCCUCACCACUUCCUUCCUCUCAGACGUAAUUAAUGCCUUUCUUUUCUAUGCUUGGAUUCCUAGCUGUUAUAGAUCUUUUUGCCACAUCAUCCAUCCAUCUUGAGCCUACGUCUGCCUAUGAGCUGUUUUCUUAUGUUAGUCUAUUUUAUCAUAUCUGUUACAGUCAGUUAAAUGCAUGUUAGUCUAUUUUAUAAUAUCUGCUACAGUCAGUUCAAUUUAUGUUAGUCUGUUUUGUCAUAUCUGUUACAGUCAGCUAUAUUUGUUAGCAUAUUUUUCUGUUACAGUCAGUUAUACUUAUGCAAGUCUAUUUUCUCCUUCAAAAAAAGUUUUUAAUGAGUUUUUUCAACUAUCACGUUGAACUUUUCAAAAGGUGCGUUCAAUGUAGAUAGCUGUAAAAUCAAUGAAGAGAGCAUCAUGUUGUAUUCCAGUUAUCGAUGGUUUGCUUGAAGUAAAAAAACAGAAGCAUUAUAAAUGAAGGGUUUAAAGACCAUACAGUAACAGAGUCUAUCGAAUAUUUUAUCGUAGACUCCAAGUUUCAAGGAGAUGUCUUCGCGCUCACCACUCCCGAGUUUCAAGAUAGACCACUUUCUGGUCAAGCAACGUGCUUAGCGGCAAAACUACAACCACUGAAGAGCAAUGACGUCAGUAAGGUACAUUUCAGACGGUAACAAUUUUUAAAAAAUGAAGUCGCUUUCACACCCGGGUAUCAGAAGUGAUAGGUUGGGAUUGUGCGUACCCAGGUCCCUUUAGACUAAGUCCCAUUCGGAUGCCAUUUGUGGUGCUGUUUAUUUUAGAUAAACUGAAGAAGUAAGUUUGCGAACAUAUAGGCCAUUCAAUUAUCUUUCAUUUGAUUCCUUAUUUUGUCUUACAAACCCAGCAUUAAUAUUUUUAAUAGUUUUUUAAUCCCAACCUCUCACUUCUGGUACCCGGGUGCGAAUAGUCGCAGCCAUAACAAAAAAUGUGACGCCACUUAGCCACACAGUAAGAUCUUUCAAGUUCAGCUAUUUUCUUUUUUUUAUAUAGAUUGUUAUAUGUAAAAGAACCACUGCUAUCAAAUUUAAUCCUUUUAAAUUUUCUUUUUUUCCAUAUCGUAAGUUAAACAACCCCCUUAAAGGACAUUUUUCAUAUAGAUCAUUUAUAUGCUGCUGCUUUUUGUCUCCAUUUAUGUAACUGUACGUGAUUCACCAUUUAUGUAACUGUACGUGAUUCACCAUUUAUGUGACUGUACGUGAUUCACCAUUUAUGUGACUGUACGUGAUUCACCAUUUAUGUAACUGUACGUGAUUCACCAUUUAUGUAACUGUACGUGAUUCACCAUUUAUGUAACUGUACGUGAUUCACCAUUUAUGUAACUGUACGUGAUUCACCAUUUAUGUAACUGUACGUGAUUCACCAUUUAUGUAACUGUACGUGAUUCACCAUUUAUGUAACUGUACGUGAUUCACCAUUUAUGUAACUGUACGUGAUUCACCAUUUAUGUAACUGUACGUGAUUCACCAUUUAUGUAACUGUACGUGAUUCACCAUUUAUGUAACUGUACGUGAUUCACCAUUUAUGUAACUGUACGUGAUUCGCCAUUUAUGUAACUGUACGUGAUUCACCAUUUAUGUAACUGUACGUGAUUCACCAUUUAUGUAACUGUACGUGAUUCGCCAUUUAUGUAACUGUACGUGAUUCGCCAUUUAUGUAACUGUACGUGAUUCACCAUUUAUGUAACUGUACGUGAUUCACCAUUUAUGUGAUAACAGCAACUGAUUAACAGGUUUUGGGAAUUAUUUUUAUCCAACUUCACGCAAGUAAAAUCUAACCGACUAGAGAUGGUUUUAAACACAAAUACAUCACAGAUUACAAACACAUUGCAAGAGCUAUAAAACUAAUCUCCACACCAAAAUGCGCACCCAUUGAACAAAUCAUGUUUCAGUCAUCUUCGCGUUGAAAAACAAGAGCAUUUAUGUUUGCGAUAAUGGUGAUAGGGUUAAAACUGUGAUCGAAUGUUGUUACGCACUGCCUUCUAUGGUGCGAAAUUAAUCUCUUAUUUUAAUUUUAGGGCUCGUUCAAACAGUGCAUAACAAAGGACGAUACCAUAGAGAAAAACAAUAGCAAAAAUAUGACACUCAAACAGUACCAAUGACAAUAAAAAAGAUUUAUUUAAGUAUUAAUAUAAUUACACAAAAAAGUAAUAUAAUUACAAAUCAUCAACUUACAAGAGUAUGGUAGAUCUUGUAGCGGUGCAUAGUUAGUACAAUGUGCCAGUUAAUAAUGUACAAAUGAUGAAUGCGAAUAAACACAUAUGAGUACACAAAAAAAUAAUACACUUGUCUCGUGAAGUUAAUAAUAUCUAUCUGAAUCUCUCCCGAUGAAUCUCUGAAUCCCCUUUUAUAUAUAUGCGUCGGUAAAACCAACGCUUCUAGAAAUGUCUUCUACAUUUGUUAUCUCUCUAAUCAAUUAUCGAAGUUCUAUUAGAAUAUAUUAGUUAUUUUUAGCUGAUAGUUGUGGAAAACAUCGUCUACGAUGAAAGGAAAUAGGCCACGCCCAAUACGAACGCCGUCUAAUUUUGGGUCAACCAGAAUUCACGGAACGGGGAAAGUGUGACGUAAACAUGUCCCACAUAACAGUGUGUUGUCAUAGGCAAAUAGUCUAUGUGCCAAGUUUUAGCUCGAUAGGUUGGCGGGAAGCGAGUCAGUUAGCCAUCCGAAGAUUUUGCUGAAAAACCGAACAAAAGCGAAGUUAAAAUGGAAUUAAACAUGAUUUUAUCGUGUGAUUCCAUACAUCCAUAGUAUCCAUUACGGGACAAUAAGAUACACUGACUGGAUCAGACGAAAUUAUUCAUACUAUUUUUUACUAUAUCCUUAUUUUCUAAAGCUCAAGUCUUUAAAACGGAAGAUUGUGAUAAGUCUUGUUCAAAACGUGACGUCAUACGUAGUAGACAUUGGCCAUAUAGAAGGCGGUACUGUAAUAGCGACACGACUCCUCUUGCAACUUCCCAAAAUGACGCAAACAAGUAAGUCAGCAUUCCAAUAGGUGACAGUACUUUAAGUCAAUAUUCCAAUAUUAGUCAAAAUCUUAAGUCAAUCUUCCAAUAUGUGUCUAAGUCUUAAGUCAAUCUUCCAAUAUGUGUCAAAGUCUUAAGUCAAUCUUCCAAUAUGAGUCAAUGUUGAGGCUAUUUCCGAGGGAGAGCACCCCAACCCUUUCAAUAAAAUAGUUGUUUAUUUAUUAAGUUAAGUUUUAAAACACAUAUUAUAAACCAGGUAACAGAUUUAAAAAGCAAGGUUUAUAAACAGGUUUCAACAUGUAUACACAGGUAUAAACAAGACAGGUUUUAAUACUAAUCAGGUUCAUACUCAUAGUCUACUUAUGUAGACGCCAAUGUAUUUGGUAUUACUAAUUCCGCGUUUAUUGUAUCAUGUCCUCACAACCUAUCAGACCUCAAUGCAAUAUAUUCGUUUCAUUUACAUAAUAAUGGGUCAAUUUAUCUCCGAGUCUGUUGCCUUGCCAAUGUAUUUCGUUUCUUGAUCUCAUUAGGGUACUGCAAGUCCAAACAAAGAUCAAACAGUGAGUUCACGGGUAAGUUCGAUAUUUCAAAACAUGGAAGCGAUGCUAGUCUAAUGAAGAGACUAUGUUACAUGUUUCAGUACAGGGGCAUCCACCACCCUUUUUUUUUAAACAAGCAUAACCUAUUACAACAUUUUUAAAAUCUUUAAGCCUUCAGCUCUGCCUUACAAAUCAGUCAUCACAUGUCCUUGGUUUUUUUAUGUUUUAAUUUGAAAUUUUUAUAAAAUAUGAAAAUAAUUAAAUCUGUUUGUAGAAUUGUUGUAUUGAAGACUUGUAUUGAUUUUUUUGUUGUUACCAGAUUUAUUAAUACCACUCGGUGUCCACAUCCUUAAAAACAGAGCUGAAAUCAGUAUCACACCUCCAGCGUCCUCCUCACCCUUUUCGAUGGUUGAAGUUCAUCUCACCUUGGUGACGUGGUCAUUACAAUCAGCCAAUCAAGUUUCGCAGCCCGACGGUGAACUGUGCAAGGAGUUGAGAUCGGAAAUUUGUUUCGAGUCAAACAGUGAAGAACUGAUUUCUUUUGACGAUAAGGUGAAGAAACUGCCCGAAAAAUUUAGUGAAAUGAGCACAGCUUAACCUUAUGAUAGAGAUAAGAGAUCUUAUUAAACAAUGUGAGACUAUUUGUAACAACAUCAGAGUCAAUAUGAGACAAUGAGACACAAUAUUAGAGUCAAUAUAAGACCAUAUGGCACAAUAUUAGAGUCAAAAUGAGACAAUAUGAAACACUAUGACACAAUAUUAGACAAUAAGAGAAUAUAUAGACAAUCUUAUUGAGUCAAAAUGAGACAAAUAUGACAAAAUGUUUAUAUGUUUUGCGUUAUUUGGGCUGCUCAUUGUGCUGUUCAUUUCUAUACUCGAUAAGUAGCAAAAUAUUGUGCUAAACGGCUUAUUUCAUUUAAUGUUAUGUAAUAGUUGUGGUUUUUUUAUUUAUAUAUAGUGUGGCUCAUUUUACUUUUCCAUACGCCACAAUCAUAGAAACAUUGGGGUAGAUGUUCCCCCCCCCCCCGGUCUAGGCAUGAGUACUCAAUAAUGAAACGUAUAGUUUUGGUUUUUUUAUGUAUAUAUAGUGUGGGUCAUUUUACUUUUCCAUACGCCACAAUCAUAGAAACAUUGGGGUAGAUGUUCCCCCCCCCCCCGGUCUAGGCAUGAGUACUCAAUAAUGAAACGUUUAACAGCGUUCAGACGUCAAGUAAAUAACACUCAACACAAUCACUUAGCGAUCUUAUGCGCCACUCACAGGGUUGGCGUUCAUUGUUGUGCACCAAUAAAAUCUUACUAAUAAACGUUCCUAACCGAUUAGCCGCAGUGCUAAAUAAUAAAUGAAAUAAAAUUGAAUAGCUCUUUUGAGGAAAAACACGAACAUGGAUCUCCGGACCCCAGACAUUUCCCGUGGCCCAAAAUGGGUUUCCUAGACCCAAAACAAUUUCAGAAACACAUAUAUCAAUAAAUAAUUCACUAAUCAUUUAUAGGUACGAUAUCUUCCAACUUAUGACACACAAAAACCAAUUAAAAACGCACAACUUAUGACACACAACAACCAAUUAAAAAACUCACAUGUAUGACACACAACAAUCAAUUAAAACUUACAAUUUAUGACACACAACAACCAAUUAAAACUUACAAUUUAUGACACAUAACAACCAAUUAUAAACUCACAAUGUAUGACACACAACAACCAAUGAAAACUUACAAUUUAUGACACACAACAACCAAUUAAAACUUACAAUUUACGACACAUAACAACCAAUUAAAAACUCAAAAUGUAUGACACACAACAACCAAUUAAAAUCUCACAAUGUAUGACACACAACAACCAAUUAAAACUUACAAUUUAUGACACACAACAACCAAUUAAAAACUCACAAUGUAUGACACACAACAACCAAUGAAAACUUACAAUUUAUGACAAACAACAACCAAUUAAAAACUCACAAUGUAUGACACAAAACAACCAAUUAAAAUCUCAAAAUUUAUUACACACAACAACCAAUUAAAAACCUACAAUUUAUAACACACAACAACCAAUUAAAAACUCACAAUAUAUGACACACAACAACCAAUUAAAAUCUCACAAUUUAUGACACACAACAACCAAUUAAAAUCUCACAAUUUAUGACACAUAACAACCAAUUAAAAACCUACAAUUUAUAACACACAACAACCAAUUAAAAACUCACAAUAUAUGACACAACAACCAAUUAAAAUCUCACAAUGUAUGACACACAGCAACCAAUUAAAACCUACAAUUUAUGACACAACAACCAAUUAAAAACUCACAAUGUAUGACACACAACAACCAAUUAAAAUCUCACAAUUUAUGACACACAACAACCAAUUAAAAACUCACAAUGUAUGACACACAACAACCAAUUAAAAUCUCGCAAUUUAUGACACACAACAACCAAUUAAAACUUACAAUUUAUGACACACAACAACCAAUUAAAAUCUCACAAUUUAUGACACACAACAACCAAUUAAAAACUCACAAUGUAUGACACACAACAACCAAUUAAAAUCUCACAAUUUAUGACACACAACAACCAAUUAAAAACCUACAAUUUAUGACACAAAUAUAACCUUGAAGCAUUUUUUUUUAUUUUUCCGAAUUUUUUUUUUACAUUUCAGUCCACUAACCCAGUGGUCAUCAAUCUGAACAAGGACCUUGUGUAUCAGUUAUGGGUAGGUGUUGAAAUAAUGAUUCCAUGCCCUUCUCUACGACGGUUGGCUUUUAACGCGGCUAGUGGCAAUGUAAAAACACUUCAAAAUGGUAUAUUUCUCUUCUGCCGCGUCUACCGAAGAGGGGUCGAGGGCAGGUAUAGCAGGCGAUCCGCCACAAGGCCUGCUGAAGAUUCACGCUGUGGCCUUCCAGGGUUUCCGUCAAAACUGUCGCUCCACCACCAAGUACAACGAUGGCUGUGAACGUUAGAAUGAUAAUUUCAUCAACUUUUAUCAUCUCUGUCUUCCAGUGAUUCUAGAAUUUCUUUAACUUUGUUUAUAACAAACUAGAUACGUAAUCAAAUAUAGACUUGUUCAAUUCAUUGAAUGUGUUGUGUCGACCGGUGGUCAUCGCAUUGACCAUAGGGAAUUGGUACUUUUGUUUAAAUGUGGUAUGUUGACCGGUGGUCAUCAGAUUGGUCAUAAUGAAUUGUUACUUUUGUUUGAAUGUGAUUUGUUGACCUCUGGUCAUCACAUUGGGCAUAAUAAAUUUUUACUUUGUUUGCAUUAAUUUGAAGAAAAAAAUUACCUACAAUGAGUGCUAAAUCACUUUCCCUGAUUAAUUCUUUCAAAAUAUAUAAUAUAGACAAGCAAUUAAACUGCCUUAUAAGCAAGUUGACUAUAUAUUAUUAAGACACGCCACUUUACUAAUACACAGGCUGACUAUAUCUUGUUGGAGAACAAUAUUGAGACGUGUCGAGCUUUGGUGAAAUCACCAAAAUUUUCUCAGAAUUCUACAGGUGAGUUGAUAAAUAUUUUAAUGAUCAACGAACUUAUCUCUAGCUAUUAUGUUUAAAUUAGAGACCAACCGAAUUUCGGUUUCAGCGUCAAAAUUUGCCAUUUGACCACUUUCGGGACCACUUUCGGCCUAGUUUUGAUUGUGGUCGAAACUGAAAAGUCAACUUUCGGCUUAAUUUCGGUUUCUGCCGAAAGGGAUUUAGACUUUAGGUUUUCGGUAAUCUACCAGAAGUCAGACUGUCUGUCUGUCUCUAGGCAGACAAUCCUCUAUUCAUUAUUGCUGGACGCCUUUCUAUCAUCGUAUAUUAUAUGACUAAUACUCAGCAAAAACUUUCCACAGCUGAAUGAUGACCUACAUUUCCUAUAUUUUCAAAAAAAAAAAUUUCAAUUAGGCCUAAGCAAAUGUAAACAGUUUUGUAAAAGAAAAACUAAAGGAUUAGUCACAUCUACUUUUCCUAUAUUUUCAAAAAAUAAAUUUCAAUUAGGCCUAAGCAAAUGUAAACAGUUUUGUAAAAGAAAAACUAAAGGAUUAGACACAUUUAUAUAAAUUCUUUUUGUUUUAAUUUUUUUCAAAAAUAAAAUUUGGUACCUUAGGUUUAUUCAAUUCCUUCAUUUAUGAUAUACAUUUUGAUUUAUCAUUAUCGUGCUCAUUAACUUGGUCAUUAAAAAGGUGAAUAAUAUUGAAUAAUUCUAUGGAAUGGUAAUAUUUCCAUUAUUAUAUUUGUUUUAUUUUGUUUUUAAAUAAGGAAACUGAGGCUUUUGCAAUUCAUUCAUUUCUUGAAAUUCAUCAUUAUCAUGCCCAUAAACAUUGUUAUUGACGAAAUAACAAGUGUGUGCAUGUAUCACAGGUUCGUAUUAUAAUUUUGUAGUAGGCCUGUUGCCGAAAUUUUUACGUUUAUAAUUUUGGCUACCAAUUUUGAUGUCUUUUGCGACUCUCCGUCGAGACCCGUCAGAACAAGAAUUUUAAGACCCGGUUUAAAAAAUAAUUUCCCCCACCAAUAGGGGUGAGGGAGGUUGGUCGCCGAAUGAAAUAAUUAAGUCCCCAGCAUGGAAAGAAGACUAGUGUGUUGUUAGGGGUCGUUCGCAAAGUACGUUACGCAAAAAAAUACCUUUUCAGAAACUCCUUUCCGCCCCCCCCUACCCGGUCAGAAAGUGUCGCAAAUUCAUUACACCUCUAUCAUCCCCCCCCCCAAAGUGUCACGUCACACCUCAAAAGAAACUCACAACAUACAUAACGUUUUUAUAACUAAACUAAGAUUUUAUUUUAUUCUUUAACAUUCCCCAUAAUGAAUUAAGAUGUUCUAUUAUUAGAAAACUGUGACGUAAAACGCAAAACAACGAAGUCCUCCCCGAGCCCAAUAUAAGAUUUCCACAACAGUUUUUGCGUCUUUUUUUUUUUCGAUAUGCGCAGAAGGUGUGUACGACUAAGUUUCACGGUACUUAUAACACCUGAGGCAUUUUCGACCUCAAAUUAAUGUUUUUAAAAUGAAUGGAAUUAUUUUUUUUUCAAAAUUAUAAAAUUAUAGAUUUAAAAAACAAAAAAAAGGUUUACAAUUGUGACGUCACAAAUUUGUGACCCCCCUGUCAAAAAGUGUCACAAACUCUCGACUCUCCCCCCCCCUCCUUCUCCCACUUGAGCGUGACGUAAUUUGCAAACGGCCCAUUAUUACUUUUAAUAUACGAAUACAGAGAUGUCUUUCCAGCUAUUUAUGAAAAUACGAUGCAUUAGAAUGACGAUAACUGGCGACUUUUGGCGAUAUUUUUAUAGCCUUGACUCAUAUUUAGUUGGCAAUUGUCUCUAUUUCAGCCACAAGAAUUAUGGUAGUUAUAUUUUGUAGGUUGUAAAUAAAUUAUAAAUGCAAAGGGCACCCCAGGGUCUAUUUUGCAUGAAUUUCGCCCUGGCCCCCCCCCUCCCCACCUUUCCAAAUUUUCUCCUAAAUGACUACUUUUAAAAAGAGUAUUUUAAAGAAAUUAAAUUGUUUUAAACUAAAAUAUUUGAUGUUUAUUUAUUAAUAUUUACGAUGAUCUCAUUUUUUUGUAAAAAAAAGUUUUUAAAUAUUGAUACUUUCCCCCAACAUUUUCGAUUUAUGCAGAGUGUACGCGUGAGCGAAUUUCAAAAUAUCCAAAUAUUUCAGUUUUGGCUUCGAUUGCAGACAAAAGUCAUUUUUAACUUUCCGUCUAGUUUCGGUUUCGGCCUAAAUCAGAAAAUACUUCCAAGUCUGUCUCAAGUUUCAAUCAUAACAAUGGAUGUAUUUAUGACAUGAUAAUUACACUUUGUUAACUCUUGACCUGAUAGAAAUGUCUUUUUUUUUUUUUUUUUUUUUUUUUUUAAAGGAGAAGAGGGUGUGGGUUUUCGUUGGAAGUUACGAAACACAAGAAAUCGCGAAAUGUUUUUACGGGCAUUUAACCCCUUAAAACAAAGUUUGGCGUACAAAUCAUUUUUUUUUUUUUUUUUUUUUUUUUUUUUAUAAAUUUUUUUUUUUUUUUUUUUUUUUUUGUUUUUAAAGGAGAAGAGGGUGUGGGUUUUCGCUGGAAGUUACGAAACACAAGACAUCGCGAAAUGUUUUUACGGGCAUUUAACCCCUUAAAACAAAGUUUGGCGUACAAAUCCAUUAAAGGAAUGUUCCAUAAUUUCAUUUUAUAUUUAUAGUUUAAUGACCCACCCGCUCUUACACCGCAGUCUUUCACCCACUAUUUUAGAAAAAACAGAAGAAAAUAUUAGCAACAAACGCAGAUACGUCAUUUAAAAAAAAAUAAUAAAGGAAUCUCAUUUAUUUCGCGAAAUCUGGAAAAAAAAAGGAAAAGCUGAUUUUUGGGACAUGAGUUUGAAAGGGGUGGGUCUGAAUAUUUGACAGAAUGUGUUUUCAUCGGCAACCAGUUUAUGCGUCAAGUUUCAGCUCGAUAGGUUGACCGAAAUUAGGUCAAUUGGGGCGUCCGAUAUUUUGGCGGCCAGUCAAUUACGAACACAAUAUAAUGGAAUUAAAGAGCACGCUCACAGUCAGCUGAGCGAUGGAUUUUACCGCUGUAGAGAUUUUGGUAAAUAACAUAAUGAAGAGAUUAUAUUUCUGACAAUAAGUAAUAUUCAUAUAACGUAAGAGCAAUUAUACACUGAAUAUAUGUGACCAUGGUAGACGUGUAAGCUCAAAAUGAAAUGUUAUAAUAGGAUUUGUACAGCAGUAAUCUCUAGAUAAUCAAGUUAUCUAAAAUAUUUGUUACAUUUCAGUUAGAUUACGUACCACGCUUAGAUGACGCAUCACUUUCAGAUGACAGAUGACGCGUCACAGGCAGAUGACGUGUCACAGUCAGAUGAAGUGUCACAGAAAGAAGACAUGUGACAAUCAGAUGACAUGUGACAGUCAAAAGACGUGUCACAGUUAGAUCACAUGUGACAGUAAGAUGACGUGUCAAAGUUAGAUGACUUAUCACAGACAGAUUACGUAUGACAGUCAGAUGACAUGUGACAGUCAGAAGACGUGUAACAUUCAGGUGACACGUGACCGUCAGAGGACGUGUCGCAGUCAGGUGACGUUUCACAGUCAGCAUUCAGCUGACAGCCUGAUCUACUGUCACAGUCAGAGGACGUACAACAGACAGAUGACGCGUCGCAGUUGGAUGACGCGCUAUAGUAUUGUUGUAUCAUCAUAUGUUAUUAAAUGAGUGAACGAUUGUAUUUUUUCUUGUGUGAUAAAAUCAUGAGCUGACUCAGUCUCUAGGACUAUGCAUUGGUUUGACAACACGAUUACUGACACACCCUAGUCUCUAGGACUAUGCAUUGGAUUGACAACACAGUUAAUGAGCUGACUCAGUCUAGAGGACUCUACAUUGGAUUGACAACAUGGUUAAUGAGCCAACUCAGUCUAGAGGAAUCUGCAUUGGAUUGACAACAUGGUUAAUGAGCCAACUCAGUCUAGAGGACUUUGCAUUGGAUUGACAAAUCGGUUAAUGAGCCACCCCAGUCUCUAGGACUAUGCAUUGGAUUGACAACACAGUUAAUGAGCUAACUCAGUCUAGAGGACUCUACAUUGGAUUGACAACAUGUUUAAUGAGCCAACUCAGUCUCUAGGACUAUGCAUUGGCUUGACAACACGGUUAUACAAGCCUUUUUCCCUUGUGAGCCAGACACUAGAUUAGAUUAGAUGAGAGAGCUGAGUUCGUACAUUUGUUUUGAUAGGAGUGAAAUAAAUAUUACAUGUUUUGCUAUGUAAUGAAUAUCUUAUGUUGUGACAGAUUUGUAGGAUUUUGUUGGAAACUUGUUUGUUUCGGAACAUCUGCGGUCUCUGUCGUGUGCAAUGUUCUAGUUUUGUGUUGCACACUUAGCCGAUAAAUACAUGACAUGAACUUCUGAACGUCUCAUGGUUAUUUUGACUUCUUACUACACAUCAGCCUGGUAGGGGCCAGUGCACUGACAUCGGUCUCUGCGGCCGUAAGAAGUGGACCUGCGCUUAGACAGCAUACUUAUACUAUACUAUUUUUUUUUUAAAAUGAUGCAACAAAACAACGAACGUGUUGAUAAGAAGCCUUCUCCAGCAAACAAACAACAGUAAAAACAACAUAAAAUAAAAAUAACACUAAGCCGUAGCACCGUCCCAGAUACUACAUGGCGGGUACCUUGUGUUAGUUUUACUUUAUUAUGUUGCAUUCCUUAUUUUUUUAUUUUUUUUUUGGUUCUUCACGUUUUCCCAUAAUCUGUUUCGUUUAUUCCCUUGUUCAGGUAGCAGUUUUGACAAUGUUAGUCGAACAGAUCAGGUCAACGAUAUCAGGACAGUCCCGGUACUAGACAGUGGAGAGCUUGGCGGAGAUGGAUCAGUAAAUAAAACGCAACGUUCUGUAGAAAACCCAACACCGAUCUCGGGUAAAAAAAUAUGCACAUCACAUUGUCUACUACUGUUUGUAAAAAUAAAAGUAACAAAACCGAGGAGCUGUGAAUGUAACGGGUAGAAUCGAAAGUAACAGAUGUUUCGGUCGUGUUAUUUUCUUUAAACCCUCACUCGGGCAGCUCGGCGUUUAUUUUUAGAACUGUUUCGAUGUCAAGUGAUUUCAAAGUUCCGUCUAAUGAGAAUAUAAACAUCAAGUAGGUUUUCAUCACUUGGCAAUGCAUCAUUCAACUUCGACUAGUGUCACUUAAGCAAACACGCUGAGAAUUUCCUGGGAAAAGUGCAACGAGCAUUUCCUAGAAAAUUGUCUCGUUUUGAGUAGAAAUGUUACAACUUUGAAAAUACACGCCAAAAAUGUCAACUAAACAUCAAGUCCCUUAAACUCAGUGAUUAUUAUUGAAUUAAUAAUUAUUACGCUCAUUGUUCAUGUGUCUAUUUCACUGCCUUUCUCUCUGUCUGUCUUUGUUCAUUUAUGUCUGUCUUUGUGCCUGUAUGUAUGUUUUUGGUCCUGUGUGUAUGUCUUUGUCUAUGUCUGUAUGUCUUUGUCCCUGUCUGCCUGUCUGUGUUCCGGUCUGGUUGUAUUUGUCCAUGUCUUUCUGUCUUUGUCUCUGUCUUUUUAUCAAUAAUUAUAUAAUUUUUUGUAAGCCCUAUAUAGUCAAUCCUCUGGGCGGCCUGAAUGUCUUGUUUUUUAUUGAAUCUUUAUCUACGUAAAUGAAUAUAUCGUAUAUAAAUAUUUAUUCAUAUUUCUAUCCAUCUGUUCAUCUAUUCAUUCAUCAAAAUAAAUGGACCCAUGUAUUAUAUAGUUGUACUUGUGCAUUAACUCAAAUACAAAUGCAUCUAUUUAUAGUAUCUUUAAUAAUUUCAGCUAAAGUAUUGGCAGACGUAGAUCAAUCUGACAAGGGCAAUGGCAUCACCGUCAUCAUUGGCGUGACUGCUGGUUCCUUGGCUGCUUUACUCGCUAUAGUCAUGGGCGUGACAACGUGCGUGUGCAUGAAGGGAAAGGGUUAGUAAACAUGAUACUAAUUUCAGUGCAUCGUGUUCUCUUCAGCUAGAAAUAUGCAUUACAUUCUAUAUCAAUGGUAUGAACCAAAAAUAUUGAUGUCAGAAUAUGACCCAGUAUAUAAAAUGAAAAUUAGGCCUGAAGACCUCUGGUUCAAUUGCUGAAGACCUCUGGGUCAAUUACUGAAGACCUCUGGGUCAAUUACUGAAGACCUCUGCGUAAAUUACUGAAGACAUCUGGGUCGAUUACCGAAGACCUCUGGGUCAAUUACUAGUAAAAAGAGGAUGUUGUAAUUAGGUAAGGUCAGUGCAGGGAGCAAACCGUUGGUUCCAAACACAGUGUAUCAUCAUCUAUACUUAACUACUUGCAAAAUUAGAGAAGUUUUCCUUUGGUCAACCAAUUAUUUGACCUCAUUGUCACUUCCAGGUUGUGCGAUCACUUUUCAUGACUUUUUCACUGUAAUAUGAAAUGUACUUUUAAUUAAUUUUACCUUGAUCAAAUGUCUAAAGAUUUCGAAUGGCUUUAAUGUCGAAGAAGACCAUUUCAAUAAGUUAACGUUACAAAGACUAAUAACGUAACUAAUACAUAACAUUAUGUUUCAGGUUACUUGAGAGCACUGAGAGAUGAAAAAACUAAAUUUUGCCUUUCGGAUGAUUCGCCACAGCGUUCCUCUUCCAAUAUUAAAAUCUUAAAGGACCACAUGUUUCCCCUGAUACCUACGUCUGAUGACAAAUAUUCGGCCAACGCGCCGCCAGGGGACCACGGUGAUGACGUCAAAAACACGCUACUAGGGAUUCAUCAAUCUACGGAAAGUUAUGAAUCACAUACCUCACCAAGGCAUUCGAAAUCUAACUCACCGGAUCUCUCGUCGCCUUACAAUGAUGGUCUCUGUGACACUAUCGUCAAAACACACAACAGAGACUCGUGUAACAGCAAUGGAUCUGUGGACAAGAAAAUUUUUACAAAUUCUGGUUUAUAUUUCACGCACUACAGUAGUGGCUCUAAAGUGGCUCCUCGCACUGGCAACAGCAGUGGGAAUAUGCCCUCCGGAAUUCAUAGCUUGCGUGUCUCUGGUGUGUCUCGUUCGUGUGUGUCUUUAGAACAUGUCAGAAAUGAUUACGGGGGCGAAGUAUUUGCUUCUUCAAUCGGAGAGUCACUUUUGUGGAGUAAGAGGAAUCUCAUAGGGGACCAUAUCGUCCCUCCGAACUCAGAUGCCAUCAGUUUGACAUCACAUGAACUUUUUCAAGCUUUUGAUGGUAUCAACGAGGAUUACUUGGACACUGUCGGUGCAGGAAACUAUUACGAUAUGGCCGGAAGCUCGUCGCAGCUUUGGGAGUGCGCAACUAUUUGUGACGAGAUGGCUUGUUGAUAUUCGGGAUCCAUUCUUCCGUCCAUUCAGUAAAUUAUUUUUAAAGACAUUCAAUCAUUCAUUACCUGUGGUGUGCUUACAGGGGGUGCUCGGUGGCCGAGUCUCAACUGUGUCAAUCCCAACCUUGUGGACUAGAGCCCAAUCCCCAGCAAAAGACUUGACAAGUGAAAACAUCGCCAGCACCCCGGGUGGAUGGGACCCGUUAACCUUAGACGCCUACUCAUGUAAGAUAGGGUAAACUCUGAAUUCAAACCCGGAGACGGAGUCCCGUAGGGGGUAUGACAUUGGAAAAUGAAAAGUCUGACAACUCUUGCGACGUGGCUCGCGUACAGAGCACAAUGAGACACAAGUAACACUGCUGGUUCUUUACUGUACCGGGGUCUAUUUCCAGUCGUCUUUACUAAGUCUUGCCAUUUGAUCAAAUGGACAAGGACGAGAGAGCCAGGCUGAAGAAUUGAGCCCCUCCCCCUCAUAUUCUAACAACAUAUAUAUAUGGCGUAUAAUCAUUGUUUCGCACAAUCACCUGCUUAACAUAAAAAAUUAGAAUAAAUCAAAGAUGGCGCAAGUAGCUUAACAUGUUUUUCUAUGGAUCACGUUUUUCUUCAGUUUAUGUAAAAUUAUUAGAAGUAAGGAUAAAAAAUGUUAAACAUUUGUAAAAACAAAGCAUAAACGAGAAUUUAUUUAAACAAUGGCAACAGACAUAAAUAUGUGUUUCAGUAUUAAGUUUGCAUUGAAAAUCCAGUUAAUGUUAUCGUAUAGAUAACCAUAAUGCAACAGUUUAAACAACUGAUCUGCUCAUUCUUAAGUAGUCAUAAAAAUCCAUUAAACAACAAAAAAUGCUAAGUGAACAUAUUCACAGAAGAGAUUUAUCACAUUCCAUCCAUUUUAUCGAAAUAUUUCCUGUUCCUGAUGAACCAUUCUCUCAAAGUUGACACAGUACCAAUAUGUUCGUACCAUUCUCUCAAAGUUGACAACGUACCAAUAUGUUCGUACCAUUCUCUCAAAGUUGACACAGUACCAAUAUGUUCGUACCAUUCUCUCAAUGUUGACACCGUACCAAUAUGUUCGUACCAUUCUCUCAAAGUUGACAACGUACCAAUAUGUUCGUACCAUUC